GGACGCCGGGUGGGAGAAGCCGGGUGCGGGCCCCUCCUCGCCUGGCUCGGGUCGCAGCUGCGGGCGCCGGGAUGGCAGGCCGGGCCCAGUCGGGGGUUACACCCGGCGCCCCGCCCACGUCCUCGCCCCCGGCUGGGGGGGGUGCCAGCUUCGGACCGGAUGGUCUCUGGUUGGGGCGCGCCGCUGCCCUCCGGAGGGCGGGGACCGCUUGCAGGGAUGUAGGGAGGAGCCUGGUUUGCUGCUGCGGAGCCUGGGGGCGCCUCCCGGGGUGGGGAGGCCGGGAAGAGGUGGCGAAGGCGGGGCGGGGUAGCUAACGGAGGAGCGGGCUGGUGUGCACCAGAAGCCCGUGAUUGAAGGAUUCCAGGUCUGGGGAGGAAGAAAGUGAUGAGAAAAGGUUGAUGCUCAGAAAAGGGUGCCGGAGGAGACGGCGCGGAGCGGUGCGGUGUGGUUGGCCUCUGCUCCUUUUACUGACAACCAUGAGCUCCCAGAUUCGUCAGAAUUAUUCCACCGAGGUGGAGGCUGAGGUCAACCGCCUGGCCAACCUGCAUCUGCAGGCCUUCUAUACUUACCUCUCUCUGGGCUUCUAUUUCAACCGUGAUGAUGUGGCUUCCCAGGGUGUGGGCCACUUCUUCCGAGUGUUGGAGGAGAAGAAGUUCAAGGGCGCUGAGCUUCUUUUUAAGAUGCAAAACCAGCGAGGUGGCCGCAUUGUUCUCCAUGAUGUGCAGAAGCCUUCCCAGCAUGAGUGGGGCACAACUCAGGACGCCAUGGAAGCUGCCCUGGCCUUGGAGAAGAACCUGAACCAGGCCCUUUUGAAGCUGCAUGCCCUGGGUUCGGCCCAUAAAGACCCUCAUCUCUCUAACUUCCUGGAGAAACACUUCCUGGAUGAGGAGGUGAAACUCAUCAAGAAGAUGGGCGACCAGCUGACUAACCUCCGCAGGCUGGCCAGCUCCCAGGCUGGGCUGGACAGCCCCCAGGCUGGGCUGGGCGAGUAUCUCUUUGAAAGGCUCACCCUCAAGCACCACUCGAAGCCUUUGGAGCCCAAAGGCCUUUGAGGGGCCCGUCUGCAUUCUCCUGGUGUCUGGCUUUUACCUGAGCCUCUCCCUGAAACCACUAGCCAUUCUUUUAACCAUCCUGAAGCCCUCUCCCACGCAUUGGACCAAAUGGAAACAAUAAAAAGCUUUUUGCAUCAAAGAAAACGGAAAAAGAAAAAUAAUUCAAUUUUUUGGCCCUGGCCAGGUAGCUCAGUUGGUUAGAGCAUCCUUUCAAUAUGUGAACGUUGAGUGUUGAAUCCCUGGUCAAGGCACAUACAAGAAACAACCAGUGAAUGCGUACAUAGAUGGAACAACAAAUCAAUGCU